CCGUUUUGGUGAAGCGGUUUCACAAAUUCGUUAGUGUUAUUUUUAGAUUAAACAUAAACAUUUUAGCAAUAAUUUCCUUCCACACUCAUAAAAUAACCUUCAUUUAGAAAAUGGUUAUUUUUAGAAAGAAAAAUCGUUAAAUUAGAAAACCAAAUGUUUGUGUUUUAAAUGUACUGAUUUUACGUUAAAUGAAAAGAAACCUCACGUGUUUCAUAUUUGGACAUGAAGGCAGUGCUCCUCUUCUCUCCUUCAUCUCUGCUUUUCUCUCUAGACUAAAAGCUCAUUUUAAGGUUACUAACCAGUCAGAUUUGAUUGGAAAAUCAUUUUUAAGCUGAAUUAUUUUUCAAGAAUUAUUUUGAGUUAACUUUUCUUUAUUUCUUGAUUCAGAUACUAAGAAAUCCAUUUUACUAGAAUAUUUACAUCCUGAUGUCAUUUUUAAAAUGAUGUUUGUUUAGGUUAAAGGUCAUCUCCGUCUUUCCUGUUCAUGACCGUUUGCUUUGUGCUACUUUUAGGUCCCAAAGGUGUAAAAAUGGACUCCCUCCUCUUAGUCUUUAAACAUCUGUCAAAAAGGCCAAAUAUUUAAAGAACCUGAGGACCAUCAGUCCGGAAACGUGCAGAAAGACUUCACCUAAGAGCAGAAACAGGAGUUUUAUGACAUUACUGAUCAUUUGACAGUGAUGCAUUCAGGGACAAAUGUCAGCUGUUUAUUUGGCUAAAGCUACAGUAAAAAAGACAGACUUUAGUAUUUUUGAGCAAAUUCUGUUAGUGUAUGAAAAGAGUUGGUCUCCUCAUCAUGAAAACCCAGCAGCAGGUCCCUGAAGGAGGAACCUCCACCCAGGAGGGGGUCGUGUCUCCUCUGAGAGUCAGACGCUGAAGGACAGCGAGGCUUCAGACGUUUCCUCAGGCUUUCACUGCUCAGGCGAUGCAGCACCUCCUCAUCAACAUCAAUUCCAUCAGAGAGGUCCACCCGCCUCUUUUCACCCCCCAGCUGACCAACUGCAGCGCCCCGGAUCGGCAGUGGGCGGUGCCUGACAUGCACAGGUUAGCUCACCUGGAUAUCCAGCUGUACCAAGACUUCUACGGCGUCUGGGUCACUCUGAUGGUGUUCAACUGUCUGAUGCUGGUGGUCGGGGUGGUCCUCAACAGCCUGGCUCUGUACAUCUUCUGCGGCGCCUCCACCCGCUCCUCUUCCUCCGUGGUCUACACCAUCAACCUGGCCGUGGCCGACCUGCUGGUGGCGCUGUCGCUGCCUGCGCGCAUCGCUCUGUACCACAGCGGCGGCGGCUGCGUGGCCUGCUCCUACGUUCACACCUUCAGCUACUUUGUUAACAUGUACUGCAGCAUCCUGUUCCUGACCAGCAUCUGUGUGGACCGGUACCUGGCUGUGGUCCACACGUCCGGCAGCCUCCAUCGCUGGAGAACCACCGGAACCGCCAAAGCCAUCAGUGCAAGCGUUUGGCUCAUCGCUGUGGUGGUCACCUACUCCUGUCAGACAACAGCGCUGAGCUUCAGCUCCGCCUGUUCUGGUCUGCCCGCCCACUUCUACCUCACGGUUCUGGAGUUCGUCCUGCCCAUGCUCGCCAUAGUGGGCUUCACGCUCCGCCUCGCCUGCUUCCUGUCCUCCAGGAAAGGUUUGAUGCCCCAGCAGAGCAGGGCCAGAAGGACUCGUGCCAUCAGGCUUCUGGCCACCGUCUUGGUGGUCUUUACCGUUUGCUUCACACCUUUCCACCUGCGACAGGUGCUGGUCUACUUCCAGCUGGCAGGAGGAGGGGGGCAGUGGCGUGGGGCGGAGCCGGUGCUCGCCUACCACAUCACGGUGAGCCUGAGCAGCCUGAACAGCUGCCUGGAUCCAGUGGUGUACUGCUUUGUGACGGACAGCUUCAGGAGGAUGUGGAGGUCCAGAAGGAGGGGGGAGUGGCAUGAGGAGGUGGGGAACACCAGUGGGGGGGAAGGGGAGAGGACUCUGGUGAAGAAAUGCUCCAGUACAGCCCUGGCCAUCGCUCAGAGCGUGGCGGCGCUGACCUUCAGCGGCGCCACGCUCCCCACAGCCAAUGCAGACCUGCUCGGUCUGGAAGGGCCCCUGCCUGCCCUGGAAGAGCCCCCAUCUGCCCUGGAAGGGCCCCCAUCUGCCCUGGAAGGGCCCCCAUCUGCUCUGGAAGGGCCCCCAUCUGCCCUUGAAGAGCCCCCAUCUGCCCUGGAAGGGCCCCCAUCUGCCCUGGAAGGGCCCCCAUCUGCUCUGGAAGGGCCCCCCAUCUGCUCCUGGAAGGGCCUCUGUCUGCUCCUGGAGAGCCCAGCUCCAGACCAAAGACCCCCCCCUGUAGAGAUUGAAGGACAGGCUGGAACCAGAGUUUAGGAUUACAAACUCAUUUUCUGUCCUGUUUUUUUUCCAAAAGUGUUUCUGAAUCAGAAAUGAUUUCAGCUUUGAAUGAAAUGUUUCCAUGAUCACUUUAGAGCAGCCGGAAGCUUCGGGAUCUGCUGUAAACCGUUUCUCCAUCACAGACGUUUCUGAACCAGAUCGUGAACCAAUCCUCUUCCUCCACAUCUGUAAAGGCCUUCAUCCCUCCAUCCAGGUCAGGUUGUCCUGAAGUUCAGUCCUGGUAUCUGAACCUACAGUCU